GGAACAUUCAAAGUUUUAAAGCACAUUCAGCCAUAAAAAUUAAUUCAUUUAGUCUUGAUAAAAUCAGUUCACAACUCAAUGAAUUAAAAUUAUCAGUUAAAUUUGAAGAAAAUGAAGUUUUAUUGAAAAAAAAAACAAUGGAAAACCUUGAAAGGAAGUUAGAGUUUUUGGAAGGCAAACUGCAUAAAAAUCAAGAAAUCGGAUGCAGUACAUCAAUUAAGAAUAACAAGAUAAUAGGAAAUGAAGUUACACAAAUUCGAAAAUUAAACGUCAAUUCUAAUGAAUCUCAGAUUGAUGCUUUCUAUGAUAAGCUUGGAAAAAACUUCAAUCAAUUGAUGAAAUUAGAGGAAAAAUUAAGCAACGCAAGUGCUGAUAUAGACAAAAAUCAGUUGAAGGUUAAAGAAUGGAUCAACAAACUGAACAAAUAUCCUACCAGAUUCAAGUCGUUCAAAAGUUUCUAUCUAUAAAAAUAUUUUUGAUCGUUUAUACGUCCAUGCCACAUACUGAUCACAUCUUUCAUAUUUUGUAAUAUUUAUGCGAUGAGUCAUU